GGCGCAGGCCCGCUGCAGCGCAGCCGCUCUGAGUAGCUACCAAUGGAGGAACACACGGUAACCCAGACGGAGCACAUGGCCACCAUAGAGGCCCACGCGGUGGCCCAACAGGUCCAGCAGGUCCACGUGGCCACAUACACGGAGCACAGCAUGCUCAGUGCAGACGAAGACUCGCCGUCUUCCCCUGAAGACACUUCGUAUGAUGACUCUGACAUCCUCAACUCCACGGCUGCCGACGAGGUGACUGCUCACCUGGCCGCUGCAGGCCCGGUGGGAAUGGCAGCUGCUGCUGCCGUGGCGACAGGUAAAAAACGGAAGCGCCCCCACGUUUUUGAGUCCAACCCCUCGAUCCGCAAGAGGCAGCAGACGCGUUUGUUACGAAAGCUCCGGGCCACGCUGGACGAGUACACCACCCGCGUGGGGCAGCAAGCCAUCGUCCUCUGCAUCUCGCCCUCCAAGCCCAACCCUGUGUUUAAAGUGUUUGGCGCGGCACCCCUGGAGAACGUGGUGCGCAAGUACAAGAGCAUGAUCCUGGAAGACCUGGAGUCAGCACUGUUGGAACACGCACCUGCGCCACAAGAGGUUAACUCCGAACUGCCCCCUCUCACCAUCGAUGGCAUCCCGGUCUCCGUGGACAAGAUGACCCAGGCACAGCUGCGAGCAUUCAUUCCUGAAAUGCUGAAAUACUCAACGGGUCGUGGGAAGCCCGGCUGGGGGAAGGAGAGCUGCAAGCCGGUUUGGUGGCCUGAAGACAUCCCGUGGGCCAACGUCCGCAGUGACGUCCGGACAGAGGAGCAGAAACAACGGGUAUCUUGGACACAAGCCUUGCGGACGAUCGUGAAGAAUUGCUACAAGCAGCAUGGCCGAGAGGACCUGCUGUACGCUUUCGAGGAUCAACAAACACAGCCCACCACCACGACACACAGCAUAGCGCACCUGGUACCGUCCCAAACCGUCGUCCAGACCUUCAGCAAUCCCGACGGCACGGUCUCUCUCAUCCAGGUGAGCGGGCGUGUGGCUCACUUUCUUCAAGAAGAGGUUGGAACAGGAGCUACGGUCGCCACCUUGGCAGAUGCCUCUGAAUUGCCUACCACAGUUACGGUCGCACAAGUCAAUUACUCUGCAGUCACAGAUGGAGAGGUGGAACAAAACUGGGCGACGCUACAGGGGGGCGAGAUGACCAUCCAGACGACACAGGCCUCCGAAGCCACGCAGGCGGUGGCCUCCCUGGCGGAAGCGGCUGUGGCGGCCUCGCAAGAGAUGCAACAAGGCGCGACGGUCACCAUGGCUCUCAACAGCGAAGCAGCCGCCCACGCUGUCGCCACCCUCGCCGAAGCCACCCUCCAAGGUGGGGGGCAAAUUGUCCUCUCUGGGGAAACCGCAGCGGCCGUCGGAGCACUCACCGGAGUUCAAGAUGCAAACGGACUCGUCCAGAUCCCCGUGAGCAUGUACCAGACGGUGGUCACCAGCCUUGCUCAGGGGAACGGUCCCGUUCAGGUCGCCAUGGCCCCCGUGGCCGCAAGGAUAACGGACAGCACCGUCACCAUGGACGGCCAGGCGGUGGAAGUCGUGACACUGGAACAGUGACGGCGGAGCGGCAGGAUCUCUGGGCCACGGCUUCCUCCUCCUCUUCUCUCGUGCAAAUAAUUUUUCUACGCCUCUCCGGAGAUGCGGCCAGGUGGCGUUUCA